AUGUGCUAUAGAGCAUCGACGCUGCUCAAGAUCCCGAUACCGACCCUCGUGAAGCUUCUAGGUCUCGAUCUGCCCGCUCCGCCGCGUGUCUCGUUGCACGGCGUCGCCGCAGACACAAUCACGCUGCACUGGAGCCUUCCCGAGAAGGCGGGGUCUGUGGCGAAGCACAUUAUCCAGAUCAAUGGAAUCAACGUCGGCGAAUCCGAGAAGCGCGGCGAGACCAGCGUAACCGUCACAGGCCUCAACCCCGACAACCUCUACAACGUGCGCGUCAUCGCCGCCAACGCGCACAACUUCCAAGCCCCCGGCCAACUGAUCCGCCUGCGCACGCGGCGCAAGUCGCUCUCGUCGUCAUCGGCCGAGUCGUCGGUGGGCCCCAAGACCGACUCCUCCGAGGACCUGCCUAGCAUCCACUCGCACCACGUCGAGCCGCAGCAGCAGCACCAGCAGCCGCAGCACACCCACCACCACCACCACCGCCGCGUCGGGAAGGGGUCGGCCGACCAGCGCAGGAACUCGCCCGCCGCGGCGGAGCAGCAGCAGCAGGGCCAGGGCGCGGCGACGGCGGAGGAGCAGCACUCGGUGGAGACGCUGACGGCCGCGCUGGAGGCGGUGCGCAGGGAUACGGACGAUGUGGAUGCGCAGUUGGCGCAUACGGAGGAGGAGUUUAAGAGUGCUGAGGCGGUGCUGAGGUCGGAGCUGGACUUGCUCAAGGAGAAGAAGAAUGAGGAGGAUCUUAGUCGCCAGAAGCUCCGCAGUGAGACGCGCUCGCUGGAGGAGGUGAAGCGGGCGGCAGAGGCGCUGAGGAGUAAGACGGAUAAGGCGCUGCGGGCCAAGGAGGAGGAGAUCCGGAGGAUGCGCGAUGACUCUGCGCGGUGGGAUGAGGAGAGGGCGGCAGCGGUCGAGAAGGUCGGUGCUGUUGAAAAGGAGGCGGAGGAGGCGCGGAAGAAUGCGCUGAAGAGGGAGAAGGAACUCGGGGAGGAGAUGAAGGUGCUGCAGAAGAACAUUGUGGAGAUGGAGGAGGAGAUCAGGUCUCUGAUUGGCGCCAUCAAGGCUGCCGAGGCGCGGAGAGAGCAGUGGAAGGUUGAGGACGAGAAGGAGAGCGUCAGGAUCGCAGAAGACGAGAGAGAAGAGCGGGAAUGGAAGGUGCGCCAGAGAAAGCUGGAGACGAGAUAUGUCAAUGUCUACAACAGCUACCAGGCGGCGGAGAUUGACUACAUGCGCUCCAAGGAACAUCUCCUGUCGUCGCAAAGCCGCAGAGGGAGCCAGAGCGACACCGUCCCGCAGAAGAAGACCAAGCAGCGCCGCCACCGGAACCGCAAGUCCAGAACACACACGCUCUCCGGCUCCACCAACUCCUUCCCAUCGCAGGAGCAGAUCUUCUCCGACACUCAGUCGGUCAACAGCCUGCAUCUGCAGCGCCCCAUGGGGAACGCCUUCUCCACGGCCCUCAUGCCCAGCCCGUUCUUCAACAUUGCCAACGGCGCCGCCCCGACCGACCAAGGCGACGACCCCAUGUCCGCCUCCAUGGAGCUCGAACGCAUCACCGGGGGCGCGCCCAUGUCGCCCACCGCAAACUCCCUCCUCCCGUCCAAUCUCUUCUCAUUCGAAGACUCUCCCCCAAGCCCCAAAGCCAGCUCCCCGCACCUCGAAGACCGCAACCCCAACCUCGACGGCCUCGGCCUCACCACCGCCUCUCCGCAAUCCUCAGGCUCAGCCUCAACGCACAUAUCCUCGCCCGGCAGCAGCUUCAACCACAUCCCCCUCUUCCCACACCUGCCCGAAACGCCGUCCACAAACCCGCCCGAGUCCGUCUCGGGCGGGCGCCGCUUCGUAAAGCUCUUCUCAAACUCCUUCAACCGCCAGCGCGGUAAGACCAUCCCCCUCGAGGGCCCCCUCCUCGGCACCCUCACCACCGCCGAAUCCCGUAGCGUCCCCAAAUCUCACGACGCCCCCGUCGGCAUCGGCCUAGACCCCAUCGGCACCCGCCGCCGCAGCGGCUCCCACGGCAGCACCUGGGACUUUGCGCGCUUCAAGAAAGGGCCCCUCCCUACCGCCACCGCCCCCGCACCCGUGGGGCUCGAACGCACAAACAGCGAGCACUCUGGCCGCCGCACGGCCUUCAACCCGUUCAACCCCUCGUUCGACCCCAUCGAGCCCGCGCGCCUCUUCGACUCGCGCCCGUCGUCCAUCGCGUCGUUCGACGUCAACAACAACACGCUGCCACUGCCCAUCCCGGGGUCCGACGUCUCGGCGGCCUUCGGCUGGCCCACCGCGCAGGAGAUGAAUGUGCCGAGGAACCGGUCGAGCUUGCUGGCGUCGUGGAGCGAGUAUCCGCCCUCAUCAUCCUCCCGCCCCAUCUCGCCGGCGACGCCACGGCUGAACCCCGCGGCGCCGACGUUCGAAGCGCGUGCCGCGCCGGACGCAGCGCGGUCGAAAGACUCGCUGCGCAGCGUGGGGACGGACAUGUCAGAGGGUGGCGGUGUAGUGGUAGCGAAGGAGUCGUCACUGCUUGGGCGGCUGGGGGCGCUGAGCCGGAAGGGGUCGACGGGGAAGUUUAAUCUGCCGAAUUGGAAGAAGGAGGGAGGAGGAGGGGUUUGCUGGGAGUGGGAGCCCGUUGCCGUGGGGUGGGAAGGGGGCGGGGGGUUCUUCGGGAGGAAGGAGGAGGGGGAGAGGGAGAGGGAGGGGGGGUUCUUUGGUGUGGUGGGGUGGGGGCGGGAGGAAGAAGGAGGAGGGGGAGAAGGGGCUGUUUGGGAGGAAGAAGGGCAGGGGGUGGGGGGUGCCGGCGCGGAGAGUGAGGUUGAGGGCGAGGCGGCUUGA